AUGGCGACUACUUGGGAUCAGCCUUUAUCAUCAUCAGAGAGUGAACACGAAGCAACGGAGGACGAAGGUCAGACAUUUGAAGAGCAUCGUUAUAAUGAAAAUAUCAAUAAAUUAAAAUCGUAUGUCGAUCAAAUGUCAUAUGUGCCCGUUAAAACGCCCAAAGCAAGUCCAUAUACAGAAAUGUUGGCAAAACCAAAGAAAACCGAUGUUGUCCACACAGCGGAGGAAUUUGCAAAUGUUGUUGAGCCCCCAGAGCGUGGAGAACGUUUAAGAUAUUUGGCUAGCAAAUUUCAGACAAUUACAACAGACGAUUUAGAAAAGGUCAUACGGCAAAAUAAAAUCAAAGAUCUACAAAAAGAAGAUAUAGCAAAACGUAAACAAGAAAUUUACUAUGCAAUGCUUACAAAACUGGAACGUCAAUCCCGCCUACAAUAUCUAAAUGUUGUGGUUAAGAAAUUUGCUGAUUUCAUUGCCAAACUGGCCACAACAAUGCGCAUACCACCAACCCUGGUUGAUCCCUAUGCUCGUAUGCAACGUGGUAUAUUUUGUAAUAUUCUAUUGGCGAUUGGCGUCCAACCAAAUAGUCAAGCGGCAAUUUAUUACAACACCCCGGAGGGCAAUGACUAUGAAGUCUAUCACCGGCUAUCUCAUGCCAUACUCAGUUUAAUAAUAAAGGCCCUAGACUCAGCCUCAACACGACGUAGCACGGAUGAUAGUCAUCCGAUCAAAGUUGAUUUCGAUAUGGAUAAUUACAUAAGAGAGCGUUUAAUGUGUGCAGCUGAAAAGAAAAUACAAGCAAAAAUGACAACUAACGAAAAGGGUGGAAAUGAAAAAUUUGCCAAAUUAAAAAAGUUUGAUAAAUGUCAAGAUGUCAGUUAUAGAUCAUUAUGUAUUGGUAUGAGUGACAGCGAAGUCAAAUCUAAGAAAGGGUUGGUGUACAAGUGUAAUGCCUGCUCUAAAAAGGAUACACCUUCGUGUAGUGAUGCUGUUUCGACCGGUGAUAACGAUGUUAUAAGCCAUGUAACUGAAGUAGUUAAUGAUAUGGCUACAGCGUUGAAAUCUAAAAUUGAACAGCAAAUGCAAGCAUACGUCGUCGAUUUUCAAAGCGUUGUGGAUGGUGUUGUUGCUUCUUUCCGUCAGGAAUUUUUGGAUGGUUUGCGCAAAGUUACUGACGAUGUUAAGAAGUGUGAGGACAAGAUUGGCUCCAUAUCUACGUCGCUAGAUGACAUUAAAGGAGAAAUGGCAAUAUAUUCUAAUUUAGAUUACGGCAAAGACAAUUAUUCUACAUUUACAUUAUAA